AUUAAAAAUCCACUAAGUCAGGAUAUCUUGUUCUUAAAGGACCUAGUUAUUCUUCAGGGUUUAAUUUUUUCAGAUUUGUUUGUCCAAUUUAGACGAAUUCCUAUUGACUCCAGCAAAAAUGAGCGGAGAGGAAUUGGGAAGGCGUGACAGCUACCGAGGUGCAGUGAAAGACACUAAGAAGAUGGCCGAGGCAAGUGCGGAUGCAGGAGGUGGCGGAGGAGGCGGCCAACCGAAGCUGAAGGGGAAGGAGAAGAUGGAUGACCUGAAGAAGGAGUUGACCCUAGAUGACCACCAGAUCUCCUGGGAGGAGUUCCACACCAGACACGAGGGAUCCAACAGAGUCUCAGGUCUGACGGAGGCCAAGGCAAAGGAGAUUCUUGAGCGUGAUGGACCCAAUGCGCUCUCCCCUCCCAAGACAACGCCCGAGUGGAUCAAGUUCUGCAAACAACUAUUCGGAGGCUUCUCUACAUUGUUGUGGAUUGGAGCCAUCCUAUGCUUCAUAGCCUACACGGUGGAGAAGGUGACAAGUGAAGACGAACCACUCAAGGACAACUUGUGGCUGGGAGUAGUGCUGGCCAGUGUGGUCAUCAUCACCGGCUGCUUCGCCUACUACCAGGAGGCCAAGAGCUCCGCCAUCAUGGACUCAUUCAAGAACCUAGUGCCACCUACUGCGAAGGUGGUUCGAGACGGGAAGAAGUACGAGAUCAUGGCGGAGAAUCUGGUUGUGGGUGAUCUUGUGGAGGUCCAGUUCGGAGACAGGAUCCCCGCCGACAUCCGAAUGGUCGAGUGUAGAGGACUCAAGGUGGACAACUCAUCCCUAACUGGAGAGAGUGAGCCCCAGAGCAGGGGAAUUGAGAGCACCCACGAGAACCCACUGGAGACCAAAAACAUCGCCUUUUUCUCCACCAACGCCGUCGAAGGUACUGGCCGUGGGAUAGUGUUCCGAACUGGAGACAACACCGUGAUGGGUAGGAUUGCGAACCUGGCCUCCACUUUGGACAUUGGAAAGACGCCGAUCGCGAGGGAGAUUGCUCAUUUCAUCCACAUAAUCACGGGCGUGGCCGUGUUCCUCGGCGUGUCCUUCCUCAUCCUUGCCAUCAUCCAGGGCUACAAGCCCCUGCAGGCAGUCGUGUUCCUCAUCGGAAUCAUCGUGGCCAACGUACCCGAGGGACUCCUCGCCACCGUCACUGUUUGUUUGACACUGACUGCGAAGAGUAUGGCUAGCAAGAAUUGUCUGGUGAAGAAUCUGGAGGCAGUGGAGACUCUGGGUAGUACCUCCACCAUCUGCUCAGACAAGACCGGAACCCUCACCCAGAACAGGAUGACAGUGGCCCACAUGUGGUUCGACGACCAGAUCCAUGAGGCAGACACCACCGAGGACCAGAGCGGAAAGGGAUUCGACAAGACGGCAGUGACGUGGACGCACCUGUCCAACGUUGCCGCCCUCUGCAACAGGGCGGAGUUCAACGGUGGUCAGGAGGAAGUGCCGGUGCUAAAGAGGGAGUGCACUGGAGACGCGAGUGAGACUGCGCUGCUGAAGUGCUGUGAGUUGUGUGUGGGCAAUGUCAUGGGCAUGCGGGAGAAGAACCCCAAACUGAUUGAGAUCCCAUUCAACUCAACCAACAAGUACCAGGUCUCCGUGCACCAGACUGAUGACCCGAAUGACAACCGACCUCUACUCGUGAUGAAGGGAGCCCCCGAGAGGAUUCUGGAUAGAUGCUCCACCAUCAUGAUGCACGGCAAGGAAAGGCCCCUAGACGACAACACCAAAGAGGCAUUCCAGAGGUCAUACGAUGCCCUCGGUGGUCUGGGAGAACGAGUGCUCGGAUUCUGUCACAAGUACCUCGACGCCGACAAAUACCCACCAGGAUACAACUACGAUGCCGAUGACCCGAACUUUCCUCUGGAAGGACUGUGCUUUGUUGGACUCAUCUCCAUGAUUGACCCCCCAAGAGCAGCUGUGCCCGAUGCCGUGUCCAAGUGCAGAUCGGCAGGAAUCAAGGUCAUCAUGGUGACAGGCGACCACCCCAUCACCGCCAAGGCCAUCGCGAAGAGUGUCGGAAUCAUCUCGGAGGGCAAUGAGACCGUGGACGACAUCGCACAGAGACUCAACAUCGACGUCAGCGAGGUCAACAAGAGAGAUGCGAAAGCAUGCGUUGUGCAUGGCAACGACUUGAAACACAUGGAACAAGAUGAAGUGGAUGACAUUUUGGCUAACCACUCCGAGAUCGUGUUCGCCAGGACAUCCCCACAACAGAAGCUCAUCAUCGUCGAGGGUUGUCAAAGGGCAGGCGCCAUUGUGGCUGUCACUGGCGAUGGUGUCAACGACUCACCUGCUCUCAAAAAGGCCGACAUCGGUGUUGCCAUGGGUAUCUCUGGCUCUGACGUGUCCAAACAGGCAGCUGACAUGAUCCUGCUGGACGACAACUUCGCCUCAAUCGUGACUGGAGUGGAGGAGGGUCGUCUCAUCUUCGACAACUUGAAGAAGUCCAUCGCCUACACACUGACCAGCAACAUUCCUGAGAUCGCACCCUUCCUCAUGUUCAUCCUCAUCAACAUCCCACUCCCGCUGGGAACUGUGACUAUUCUGUGCAUCGAUCUGGGAACUGAUCUGUGGCCUGCCAUCUCCCUCGCCUACGAGCCAGCUGAGAGUGACAUCAUGAAGAGAAUGCCCAGGGAUCCGAAGGGAGACAAACUGGUCAACCAGAGACUCAUCUCAAUGGCAUAUGGACAAAUAGGAAUGAUGCAGGCGUCUGCUGGUUUCUUCUGCUACUUCGUGAUCAUGGGUGAGAAUGGGUUCCUGCCCGGAUAUCUGGUCGGACUUAGGGAGGAGUGGGAGAACAAGAACAACAACUCUCUUCAGGACUCCUACGGACAGGAAUGGACAUAUGAACAGAGGAAGGUGCUGGAGUACACGUGUCACACAGCCUUCUUUGCCUCAAUUGUGGUCGUGCAGUGGGCCGAUGUGAUAAUCUGCAAGACCAGGAGGAACUCCCUCUUCACACAGGGAAUGCUGUCCAACAAAGUGCUCUGCGGAGGUCUGGUGUUCGAGACUUGUCUGGCCUGCUUCCUAUCCUACUGUCCCGGACUGGACAACGGACUCCGCAUGUACCCCAUGAACUUCUGGUGGUGGCUGCCUGCGCUCCCAUUCAGCAUCAUGAUCUGGGUGUACGACGAAGUGAGGAGGUUUCUAUUGAGAAAGUCGCCCGGUGGAUGGAUAGAGAAGGAGACAUACUAUUAGACUAGACCACCCACUGUCAAUAGAAGUCACUAACCAAACAGCAAACACCACAGUACAAUUACAGAUGGUGUUUAAUUACGGAAUUACAAACACGAUACACAAUAAACCACUCAACCUUUACCCUUACUCGGAAAAAGAAUAGAAAAGAAGCAACAAACAUCUAUUUACACGAUAGACACACAGGAAACAACAAGUGAUGAUGAUGCUGCUGCUGGUUGCGAACUAAAAUAAACAUUUUUAUCAAGAAGAAACAAGUAUACAUAAACAAACAAAACAACCCACCUAGCCUCUUACCCACCUUCACAUUACCCUCUCUAAACAACCUAGUCCAACACAAUAAAUAAACAACACAACAAGAAUGAGCAGCGAAAGAACAGCAGAAAAAUCCUCAAUCUUCUGUCGUCAUUUUAAUACUAGCAGAACUUUUUGUCGUAUUUCUAGCAGAACUAAACUUUCAAUGGAAUAAAUUCAGCAAAUAAAAUGAACAGAUACGUAAUUGAUUGUAUUGUAUGUAUCUCUAUCUCCCUCUAUUGUUUGCAUAGCACUUAUUAUUUGUAUUAAUUAAAUAUUACUUCAUAAUUGAUGCCCCUAUGCGCAAGCAGGAAAAGUUCAGAUUUUCAUUAUGGUGUUAGGGUGCAACUCAAUUCAUCCUCAUUCUAGGCUCAGUGCCUGUUUGGUCACUUUCACAAUCAGUUUCAACAACUCGGUAACUGUAAUUUGGUUUUAAAAAUUUUGUAAUUAAACUUUUUUCUUG